UAAACACCCUCACUUCCUGGAAGUUUUACAGACUUUCCUAAUCUGCAGGGGAACAGUGUCAAUCACAUGAAAAUUCUGUCAAUAACAAGGAACUUCUUUUAGAAGCAGAGAUGUUUUCUCCUGAGGCGCUGCAGGAAUGGGUGUGUGGGGACGGAGGUCACUGCUGUGACAGGGACAGUCUGCAGCCAUAAGGCUGAAAGGCUUCAUUCCCAAGGUCCCAGGUAAGGAAAGAAACCCGGGGGUUAUAGCCUGAGGGAAUCAUCCUGCACAGCCUCCCCACCCCCAGCAAGAGUAGGAGGAUGGCGCUGCAGUGAUGGCAAGGCUGACUGCUUCCUGGUGCGGGGAAUUCGCUGCAGUGAUGGGGGAGCGUCGCUUGGAGUGAGUGGUCACUGAAGUGACCACAACUGCUAAAGCUAGGAUCACAGCGACCGCCGCCGGAGUCCCAAGCCGGCUUUCCGAAGGUGCCGGAACUCACUGCGAACCUGAACUCGGAGGCUGCACAACCCACCCUUUUCGGAUCGCGACGCCCAGAACUCCGCGGAGGAGCCACGGUGAGAUUGGGACUGCCCGCAGGGAGGGGGACCGAUCCUAAGUCUCAGCCCCCAGCAUCCUCUGUGGAGACCGCGGCGACUGCAGCAGCUCCCCACUCCCAGAUCAGCUCUGCCAGAGUGGGGAGAGGUGCACUGGAUGGAUCGCACAGACUCCCCCUGCUCCGACGCCUUUCUCGUCUGGCCUCCCAAAAGACCCCUUCUUUUCGCUUCCCUGUCUCAUUCUUUUUACCCCAAACCCUCCAUUCAGGUCUGCAGCCCUUUGCUGCAGAUAAGGUACAGGAGAGACUGCAGCCUUUUCGACUCCCCAUCCUCUCCUGUCCCUUGCUGGGCUGGGGGCACCCGGGAGGAUGCUGGGCCUUUAAACCUUUGAUCCCCACCCCGAACGUCUUCCACCUCCACCCGCGCCACUUCCGACAGCUGGCAGCCACGGGGAGCCCCGGGGGGCCCGCAGGUACAGGGGCGGUGGUGAGGCCCCAGCGGGUGAUGGAACAGCUGUGACAACCCCCUACCCCCACCCCCAGAGGAGCCAGCGGCGGGACUGUAGGGCGCCGGGAGUGCCGGUUAAUCAUUAACCCUCCGCUCCCCGGGACCCCGUGCUGCCCCGAGCUGCGCUCCGCCCGGCUUCCCAGGUAACGGGCAAAGCUGUCCAGGCCGCCAUCCCUACACCUCCCUUUCUUGUCUUCCCUGCCACCUGUCAGCCUGGGAAAAGCCGCGCGGCUCAGCCUUGUGCCCCUUGCAGGCACGCGUCCUAGUGCUUGAGUUCAGCUCUGGAGACUGGCUUUCAGGAGCUCCGGGCGCGGCACACGGGACUUGCGUUGCACACGGGCUUCACGAUACCCCGCUCCCUUAGGGCUGACCGGUGGGCACCAUGCCCGGCCUCUACUGCCCCUCCAGCUGGACGCCGCUACCCCUCACUGACUCCUGGGUCCGGGCCUGCGCCAACGGACCCUGCCUCAGCCUGCGGGCUCGGCUCACCUACCACAACCCGCAGCCGCAGCCAGUGGACGGCGUGUUCGUGUACCCGCUGGCUGAGGCCGAAGUAGUAUCAGGCUUCGAGGCCGAGGCGGCCGGACGGCGCGUCUCCUUCCAGCUGCAGAGCCGGCGCCGUUUGCAGGCUGCCUGCUGCCGCGCGCUGGGCCCAGGGUUGGGGACCUCCACGCCCCGCCGCUGCGCGCAGGGUCAUCUUGUCUUGGAUCUGGCCCAGGCCCGGUCCACGUUGGUGCUGCCCACGGGCCUUAUCGCUGCAGCUGGCACCAUGACAGUGACCCUGUGCAGCAGCCGGGAGCUGCCCUCCAGGCCUGAUGGGGUACUGCGUGUGGCUCUGCCCACUGUGCUCACCCCGCUGGCCCCACCAGGCCCACCAGGGCCCCCCAGGCCUCCGGGGCUCUGUGACGACAGGUUGGGCCUAUGCCCCACGAGCUGCUUCGGGGCAGGCAGCCCUGAGGAGGAAGGGCUGGCCUGGGAGGAGCCACCUGCCCCUCCAGACGUGUUUUCAGGCCCUGCCCGCUGUCCUGCCCCAUAUACUUUCUCCUUCGAGAUGCUGGUGACUGGGCCAUGCCUGCUGGCAGGCCUGGACAGCCCGUCUCAUGCCCUGCGGGCAGAUGCCCCCCCUCAUGCCAGCUCUGCAGCCACCAUCUGUGUCACACUGGCAGAGGGUCACCUAUGUGACCGGCCCUUGGAGAUCCUGCUAUACCCCAGUGAGCCCCAUCAACCACACUUGAUACUGGAGGCUGGCAGCCUGAGUGCAUCAGAAUAUGAGGCCCAGGUGAGGGCCCGCCGGGAUUUCCAGAGGCUGCAGCGAAGGGACAGUGAUGGGGACCGGCAGGUGUGGUUCCUGCAGCGACGUUUCCAUAAGGACAUCUUGCUGAACCCUGUGCUGGUACUGAGUUUCUGCCCGGAUCUGAGCUCCAGGCCUGGACACCUGGGCACAGCUACCAGGGAGCUUCUCUUUCUGUUGGAUGGCAGCAGCGCAGCACACAAGGAUGCCAUUGUUUUGGCUGUGAAGUCCCUCCCAACUCAGACACUUGUCAACCUGGCCAUGUUUGGGACUUCAGUGCAGCCACUCUUCCCAGAGAGCCGGUCUUGCAACGAUGACACUGUGCAGCUGAUCUGUGAGAGCAUUGAGACCCUGCAGGCUGGGAGUGGUCCCCCAGAUAUACUGGCUGCGCUGGACUGGGCCUUGGGGCAGCCCCAGCAGAAGGCCCAUCCUCGCCAGCUGUUCCUGCUCACUGCUGCCUCGCCCAUGGCUGUCACUACUCACCAAACCCUGGAGCUCAUGAGGUGGCACAGAGGGGCAGCCAGGUGCUUCUCCUUUGGGCUGGGGCCUGAUUGCCACCAGCUGCUCCAGGGUCUGUCUGCCCUCAGCAGAGGCCAGGCCUACUUCCUGAGGCCUGGAGAGAGGCUGCAGCCCAUGCUGGUGCAGGCUCUGCGGAAGGCACUGGAGCCUGCUUUGAGUGACAUUUCUGUGGACUGGUUUGUGCCUGAUGCCGUGGAGGCUCUCCUGACUCCCAGGGAAAUCCCAGCACUCUACCCUGGGGACCAGCUGCUUGGUUACUGCUCACUCUUCAGGGUGGAUGGCUUCCGGCCCCACCCUCCAGGGGGCCAAGAGCCUGGCUGGCAGAGCUUGGGUGGUUCUGUGUUCCCAUCCCCAGAGGAGGUACCAUCUGUUGCCACCCCUGGCACUGAGCCCACUGGCACCUCAGAGCCACUGGAAACACGCACUGUGUCAGCAGAGCUAUCCAGUCCAUGGGCUGCUGGGGACUCGGAUCAGACAGGUACUGAUGCUCUGACAGACCCAGUCACAGAUCCUGGACCCAAUCCGUCCAAUGACACAGCCAUAUGGCGCCGCAUCUUCCAGUCUUCAUACAUCCGGGAACAGUAUGUGCUUACCCACUGCUCUGCCAGCCCUGAGCCAGGCCUGGGUUCCACAGGCAGCAGUGAGUCUCCUGGCUCCCAGGGCCCUGGCUCCCCGGAGGGCUAUUUUCCCUUGGAUCCUCCCUCUCAGCAGGGCUGCCGCAGCCUGGCCUGGGGAGAAUCUACAGGCUCCCGUUCCUGCCCCCUGCCUGCACCACCACAGUCUCCAUUCAAGGCAGGAGCCCUGAGUGCUGAGGUGCUGGGCCGUAGGCAUAGAGCAGCUCUGGCUGGCCGAAGUCUCUCAUCUCCACCAGGCCAGGCAAACCCAGUCCCUUGCCGACCCCGGCAACCUUCUCUGGGUGCAGUACCAGAUGUGCCAGGCCCUGAGUCAGGCCAACAGCUUGGGCAGGGCCUGGACGACUCAGGAAACCUGCUCUCCCCAGCCCCCAUGGACUGGGACAUGUUGAUGGAACCACCCUUCUUGUUCACAGCUGUGCCCCCAAAUAGGGAACCAACCCCUCCAGCAGUUCCAGUGCCUCCCCAGGCUCCACGUUGCCAUGUGGUCAUCCGGGGCCUGUAUGGGGAGCAACCAAUGUGCUGGGAGGUGGGUGUUGGGCUAGAGACACUGUGGGGACCUGGGGAUGCCUCAAAGCCUCCAUCAACUGCUGUAAGAGAAGCUGCUUGGGACCAAGCACUUCACCGACUGACAGCAGCCUCAGUGGUCCGAGACAAUGAACAGCUAGCGCUCCGAGGAGCUGAGACCACAGCUGACCGGGGCCACGCCCGAAGGUCCUGGCUUCGAGCCCUUCAGACAAGCAAGGUCAGCUGUGCUCCCUCCUGUUUCACCUGCCCAGUAGCUGUGGAUGCUACUACUAGGGAGGUCCUGCCCGGAGUCCUGCAGGUGCGGAGCUCAGAAUCGGCUGAACCCCCAGGCACUUACGUCUCUCAGGGCCAUCUAGAUGCAACUUCUCUGCCCACUUCAGCCCACCCUAAAGGCACCUGGGACCUGGACCAAAAUGACAACUCCAAGUCAGCUUUGGGGGAGCCAACAACUCCCACUGGAGGUCCUCACCACCUGCCCUAUCAGCCUUCCUCGAGGCUCAGUCUGAGCCGCCGACGGAGACUCUGUAGUCCCAAGGCUGGCCAGGCCAAUGGAGGCAACAGUGGAGGCAUCGACCACGACUACAUGCCCUUGGUGCGGCUACAAGAAGCACCAGGCUCCUUCCGUCUGGAUGCAUCCUUCUGUGCUGCUGUGCAUAUUCCCCAGGAGCGCCUGUGUCGUGCUUCACCCUUUGCUGCGCACCGUGCCAGCCUCAGCCCCACCUCUGCCUCAUCUCCCUGGGCACUUCUGGGCCCUAGUGUUGGCCAGGGUGACAGUGCCACAGCCUCUUGUAGCCCGUCCCCCAGCUCAGGCUCAGAGGGUCCAGGCCAGGCAGACAGUGGGCGGGGUUCAGAUACUGAGGCUUCGGAAGGAGCAGAAGGGAUAGGAGGCUCAGAUCUUCGAGAUCGCACCUGGGCCACAGCUGUGGCACUUGCGUGGCUGGAGCACCGCUGUGCGGCUGCCUUUAGUGAAUGGGAACUGACAGCAGCCAAGGCAGAUUGCUGGCUGCAGGCCCAGCACCUGCCUGAUGGUCUUGACCUGGCCGCCCUCAAGGCUGCAGCCAGGGGACUCUUCCUGCUGCUACGCCACUGGGACCAGAACCUGCAGCUGCACCUGCUGUGCUACAGCCCAGCAAAUGUGUGAGGGCAGCCCUCCACUGGGACUGGUGUCCCCAACAUACUCAAUUCACUGCCGCCCAGGCCGGCUGCUCGGUGCUGGGAAGAGGUAGGCUGGUGUCAGCCUGUCCUCCAUUGCUUCUCAUUCCCUCCCUAGAAAUCCUCUUACCUUCACAAAAAGUGCCUGCCAGUGCUCUCUCCUUCUCCUCCCACCUUGUGCCCCUUCCUCUGUGUAGCACAGGGGAAGGAGAGAGAGCCACAGUCCCCAAAUCCUAUGCAAUAAAGUGCCUCUUAGGACUG